GCCUGGUGCGCAUGCGCGCGGCGGCGGGCGAGGCGGAAGCGGAAGCGCGGGCUGCCCCGGGAGCGAUGGCAGCCGGGGGUCUGAGCCGCUCUGAGCGUAAGGCGGCGGAGCGGGUCCGCAGGCUGCGGGAGGAGCAGCAGCGGGAGCGCCUGCGCCAGGUGUCCCGCAUCCUGAGGAAGGCGGCGGCCGAGCGCAGCGCCGAGGAGGGCCGGCUGCUGGCCGAGAGCGAGGACCUGGUGACGGAGCUGCAGGGCCGGAGCCGGCGGCGCGAGGGCCUCAAGCGGCGGCAGGAGGAGGUGUGCGAUGACCCAGAGGAGCUGCGGAGGAAAGUCCGGGAGCUGGCCGGCGCCGUCCGGAACGCCAAGUACUUGGUCGCCUACACGGGCGCGGGGAUCAGCACGGCAGCCUCCAUCCCAGACUACCGGGGCCCUAAUGGAGUGUGGACGCUGCUUCAGAAAGGCAGGCGCGUCAGUGCUGCUGACCUGAGCGAGGCCGAACCGACGCUCACGCACAUGAGCAUUGCCCGCCUGCAUGAGCAGAAGCUGCUGCAGCACGUGGUGUCUCAGAACUGUGAUGGGCUCCACCUGAGGAGCGGGCUGCCCCGCACGGCCAUCUCGGAGCUCCACGGAAACAUGUACAUUGAAGUCUGCACCUCCUGCACCCCCAACAGGGAGUACGUGCGGGUGUUUGACGUGACAGAGCGCACUGCCCUGCACCGCCACCAGACGGGACGGGCCUGCCACAAGUGCGGGGCGCAGCUCCGGGACACCAUCGUGCACUUUGGGGAGAGGGGGACGUUGGGGCAGCCUCUGAACUGGGAGGCAGCAACGCAGGCCGCCAGCAGAGCAGACGUGAUCCUGUGUUUGGGUUCCAGCCUCAAGGUUCUAAAGAAGUACCCAUGCCUCUGGUGCAUGACCAAGCCCCCGAGCCGGCGGCCCAAGCUCUACAUUGUGAACUUGCAGUGGACACCCAAGGAUGACGGGGCUGCCCUGAAGCUACACGGAAAGUGUGACGACGUCAUGCAGCUCCUCAUGGAUGAGCUGGGCCUGGAGGUCCCCCCCUACAACAGGUGGCAGGACCCCAUCUUCUCCCUGGCGACCCCUCUGCGAGCUGGCGAAGAAGGCAGCCACAGUCGAAAGGCCCUGUGUAGAAGCAGCGAGGAGGCCCAGCCUGGGGACCGAGGGGCCCCACUCAGCUCAGUGCCCAUCCGAGGGGGCUGGUUUGGCAGGGGCUGCACUAAACGCACAAAAAGGAAAAAAGUGACAUAGCCCUUGUGCUUGGUGCAGGGCAAACAGUUGGCACUUUGCAAAUUGCCAGACUCUUAUUCAGGGACGAGGGUCACCCCGAAUGGGGCUUGCCCCCAGGGGUCUGGUGAGAAGAGUGAAUUGGGGGUGGCAUCUUCCUGCGAUGUCCUUGGCCGUUUAUCUGUCUGUGGAAAGCAGGCACCUCCUGGUGACUGGUGCUGCUGCUGGGCGGCCAGCCCUUCACCGGUUCAGCUCUGGACACAGGGGCAGUGACCCUUUUCUCUAAUAAAGAACUCUGGUGAUAAUUCACACCUGGCUGGCCAAGAGGAAGUACACAGCUGCCUUACCUCACUCAACAGGCUAAUCUCAGGGGCCUAAACCCUAUUUCUACUACUUCUUACUGAAAAUUGUUAACUUUAUAGAAACUUUUUCUGUAUUGGGAAUGUGCAAAGGGGGCGGGUUGGGGCCUGGACCCCGAGCAGAGCGUUACGAUUUUUUAUUAAACAUCCCUGCACUCUG